AUGCUACGAACGGGGCCACGUCGAGGAACCGAAAGUAAUGCAUUGCAUUGGAAGGAGUCGGGUACAUUUUACCAAACAUUACACGGCGGGCCAGCGCUGAAAGACAAUUGUACAUAG